AUCGAAACCAACAGUAUCAAAAUUCUGUCACUAUCUCGGCUAUUUUAAUUGGAAUAAUGAAAUUACUUACCGUGUUUUUCGCUCUGGUUAUAUCAACGAAAUAUUUUCCGUCAAGAGUUGAUGUACUUGUGCAAGCAAUUGUUUAUGGCUCUUUAGUAGAUAGAAUCGAGGAUUACAAUUUCAUGGUUGGACUUUGGUACUACGAAAACUCUACAUAUCGCUAUUAUUAUUGUGGUGGUGCGAUUGUAUCGCCGUGGAAAGUAGUAACGGCAGCGCACUGCAUAUACAACAAAUCGAAUACGAUUUCAGUAAUAGCCGGUACAUUAAACAUAAAUGAAACUUAUCAAGCAUUAAACUUUACAAGAGAUGAAGAUGUCGUACUACAUCCGGAAUAUGCUAUCGAUGGACACCUUGCAAAUGACAUAGCUGUGAUUAAUCUUCGGACUCCGUUAAAAUUCAGCUCCAGAGUAGAUAAGGUUGAAAUGGUUGAUGAAGGUUAUAUGCCGAAUCCGGGAGACCAUGUUACCGUGUUGGGAUAUACAGAAUCUGAAGAACCUGGCCGUAUAGUCAAACCAUAUAAAUAUCAUUUACGGCAUGUUAAUUCAACAAUUGCGAACUUCGAAAGAUGCAAAGCAACGUAUGGAAGAGAUAUUUUAGCGAAACAACUAUAUUUUUGUGUUAGCUUGAAGCAUGGAAAGGUUCACUUAAGUAACAAAGGAGACUCUGGUAGCCCCGCUGUGACAAGGGAUAAGAAAUAUCUCGGUAUAGUUUCCUAUGAUAGGGAGGGGUUGGCUGAAGUGUUUGGGUUAAUCGGUGGAUAUCGGAACUUUAUCUCGAAUCCUAGAAAAUAUCGUGGAAGCAGCAACGGACUAGUUCACGAAAUUGAAGAUCAUAAGUACAUGGCUGUAGUCAUGUAUAAGAAUAAGAAAAAUACUACCAUUAGCUCGCAAGUCAACACUGAUACAUGCGGGGCGGCUAUUUUAUCAAAUGUUAAGAUACUUACUGCUGCUCAUUGCUUAUAUUCAAAAGGUGCCAUUACUUUGGCUAUCGCUACUGUAAAUACGGAUGAACCAUUUCAUAGCAUUGACAUUAGUGAAGGAGAAAUAUUCAUUCAUCCAGAGUAUAGCAAAGGUGAUUCGGCUUGGCAAAAUGAUAUUGCCCUUAUUAUUCUUAGGUCUCCAUUAAAAUUCGGUUCAAAAAUCGAUAAAAUAGAGAUGGUUCCAACGAACUAUGUGGCAAAACCAGGCGAGAAUGUACAAAUAUUGGGAUAUUCGGAAUCCAACAGCCAAAGUCGGAAUUAUUUCGACACUCAUUUGAGAUACAUUAAUUCUACGAUGGCAGACUUUGAAGUAUGUCGAGAUGGACAUUCUGGAUCUGCCAAUUUAGAGAGAGAUAAACAAUUCUGUCUUAUGGUGAAUGAAAAUACAAAUAAAAAAUAUGCCGGAGGAGUGAUCAUUUCGGAAACGAAAAAGUUUCUUGGCAUCAUUUCAUAUUCAAUGAAUGAAAUGACCCAUGUUUGUACUUCAGUUACUGGAUACCAUCGUGCAUUCAUCGAUAAUCCCAGGGUGUUCCGUCCAGGCAGAUCCAAUGUUGAAUCUAGACAAGCAGACGCAUCAAGCCGUCAAGCAAGUGUUCCGAGUAGACAAACGACGGGCUCAAGUAGUCAAACGAGAACUGAAAGCCAUUUGGUUCUUAAUAUCACAGACCAUAAGUACACGGCUGGACUUUUAUACCAAGAAGAUAGUAACGGUAGUCGAUAUUUGUGUUCUGCCACGAUCAUAGCGAAUAACAAAGUAUUGGCCGCGGCCCAUUGCGUGCAGAACAAAUACUCAGUGACUUUGGAACUUGGUACAAUAGAUACAGAUAAACAAUAUAUCACCGUGAACGUUAGCAAACAAGAAAUCAUCGUACAUCCGAAUUACAGCAAAGAUCAAACUUAUAUUAAUGACAUAGCUGUGAUUUUACUGAAGAAAGCGUUGAAGUUUGAUUCAAAGAUUUGCAAAAUUGAUAUGGUUGACAAAAAGUACGUUAUUGGUGCGGACGAUAAAGUGACCGUAUUUGGACAUUCUAUUGGCUAUCUACGAUAUUUUAACAAAAAAAUUGACGAAUGUCGAAGUCUGUAUUGGGAGAAGAACAACGAUUAUCCGUGGCUGGAAGAAGAUCGACAGUUUUGUCUUGAAAUGCAUAGUGGGGAUGAAACCAUAGGAUCUGGGUGUGCGGGAG